AUGAAUUCAUAUGAAUUUUCUCAAAGGAUCCAGAACAUUUGGAUAGUGGGGUCGGAACUGUUGGUGAGUUUCGAUGUUCAAUACAUGUACACAAACAUCUCAGGUGAGAAGGCGAUAAGCGCCUUGUUGGAGAUAUCGGAGCGAGAAGAGGGCAUUCUGGAGGCUGAACCGAUACUGAAAGAAUCGUUAACACUACUGAUCAACCUGACAGUAAGGACCACAUAUUUUACAUUUAACGGCAGUAUCCAUGAGCAAAUAUUUGGAUUACCGAUGGGAUCUCCACUCCCUCCUCUUUUGCCAAAUGUAUUCAUGGACAAGUUGGGCGAGUUCAACAUUGAACCUAAUCAAAGCAAGCAGUACCACAACAUUUGUGGAUUGGAACACAAGAUACUAGGGCAUAGCAAGUCAUAG